GAACUCUUUUAACCAAAUGGGUUUGUGUGACGCAGGUUCAGGAGUUUCACCAGUUGGAGUCAAAUCUGCAAGUUUGCCAGUUUCUCGCCGACACCCGAAAGUUCCUCCAUCAAAUGAUCAGGACCAUCAAUAUCAAGGAGGAAGUCCUGAUCACCAUGCAGAUCGUGGGGGACCUUUCCUUCGCCUGGCAGUUGAUUGACAGCUUCACCUCCAUCAUGCAGGAAAGCAUAAGGGUCAACCCGUCCAUGGUCACCAAACUCAGGGCCACGUUCCUCAAGCUUGCCUCUGCCCUGGACCUUCCCCUGCUGCGGAUUAAUCAAGCGAAUAGCCCUGACCUCCUCAGUGUGUCUCAGUAUUAUUCGGGAGAACUGGUGUCCUAUGUGAGAAAGGUUCUGCAGAUCAUCCCAGAGAGCAUGUUCACGUCUCUCCUGAAGAUCAUAAAGCUUCAGACCCAUGACAUCAUGGAAGUGCCCACCCGCCUGGACAAGGACAAGCUGCGGGACUACGCUCAGCUCGGCCCCCGCUACGAGGUGCCAGAGUCCUCUCGCUUCUGCUUUCAAUGUUUAAAGCCCAAGCCAUGGAACAUCCCAGGCCUGUGGCUCCUGGCGCAUCCCAGGGACCAGCGUCCCCCGUGACUGUGUCUCACACUCAG